UUUGCAGCGUCCAGCGCACGUCCCAACAUGUCCGCCGCCGACACGACGUACGUGGCGCUGGCCUCCCCGCGCGACAAGGGCGACGCCGCUUCCAACCCGAAAAACACAACAACACCACCAACAACAACAACGCCAACGACAGCAUCGCUCAUUCCACUGUCCAAGCUCUUCCAGUACGCCGACGCAACCGACAAGGUGCUCAUGGUCACCGGCGCGCUGUUUGCGGCCGCGACCGGCAUCGCCCAGCCAGUGCAGAUCCUCUUCUUUGGCGACAUCAUCAACGCCUUCAACCCGAUUAACGGCGACGUCAUUGACGCCGACCUCUUCCGCCGUAGCAUCAACAGCGUCGUGCUCAAGUUUGUGUACCUUGGCCUUGGCGUUCUCUUCACCGCGUUUGGCCAAGUCGCUUGCUGGACGAUCUCGGCGUCGCGCCAGUCGAAGCGCAUUCGCCACGCCUACGCCAGUGCGAUUCUGCGCCAAGAGGUCGGCUGGUUUGACGUGAGCGAGCCGAUGACGCUCGCGACACGCGUGGUGGACACGACGCUCCUCGUGCAAAAUGGCAUCGGUCGCAAGAUCGGCGACGGUAUCAACUACGCGGCCAUGGGCGUUGGCUCGAUCGUCCUGGCCUUUGUGUACGGUUGGGAGCUCUCACUCGUGCUCUUUGCCUUGACGCCCUUCAUCGGCCUCUCAGCCUACUACAUGACCAAAGCCAUGUCGGACGCGGUGCAAACCGGCGUUGAUGCGUACGCGGAGGCAGGCGGGGUCGCUGAAGAAGCUUUGAGCAACAUCCGCACCGUGCACAUGUUUCAUGCGAUGGAGCGCAUCGCCGCCAAGUACCAAGUCGCGCUCGCCAAGACGGAAGCCGCCGGCGUCAAGAAGGGGCUGGCCAUCGGCGUUGGCACGGGUGUCAUGUUCUUCAUGCAAUUCCUCACGAACGGUCUCGGCAUGUACUAUGGCGCCGUCAAGAUCAGCAAUGAUAUCGCGGAUGGGUGCGUCACGAGCGACUGCUACAACGGCGGCCGCGUCAUCACCAUCUUCUUCUGCAUCGUCAUGGGCGCCAUGGCGCUCGGCCAGGCCGGACCGGCGCUCCAAGCCAUCUACACAGCGCGCGCGGCCGCCCACGAUGUCUUUGCGCUCAUUGCCCGCGCCUCGCACAUCGACGUGACGGACGAGUCGGGCACGGUCCUGGACCCCAAUAUGGUGCGUGGGGCCAUUGAAUUGGAAAACAUUUCGUUUGCUUACCCGUCACGCGCGCACGUCCAAGUGUGCGCCGGCUACUCGCUCUCGAUUCCCGCGGGCCAAAAGAUUGCGCUCGUGGGGGCGAGCGGGUCGGGCAAGAGCACGAUCGUCUCGCUCCUCGAGCGCUUUUACGACCCCGUGGGCGGCCGCAUUACGCUCGACGGCGUCGACUUGAAGGACCUCAACGUCGCGUCGCUCCGCGCGCAAAUUGGUCUCGUCGGCCAAGAGCCGAGCUUGUUUGCCGACACGAUCGCCAACAACAUCCGCCGCGGCAAGCCGGAUGCGACGCUCGACGAGGUCAUGGCCGCCGCCAAGCAAGCCAAUGCGUUCGACUUUAUCAUGGGGUUCCCCGCGGGCUUUGACACGGACGUCGGCGACCGUGGCGCGCAGCUCUCGGGUGGCCAGAAGCAACGCAUUGCGAUCGCCCGCGCGAUCAUCAAGAACCCGAGCGUGCUCUUGCUGGACGAAGCCACGAGUGCGCUCGACACGGAGAGCGAGCAUGUCGUGCAGGCGUCGCUGGAUGCGCUCGUCGCCGCCCGCCAGCGCACCACCAUCAUCAUUGCGCACCGUCUCUCGACGAUCCGAGGCGCCGACCGCAUCGUCGUGCUGAGCGACGGUGUCGUCGUCGAAGACGGCACCCACGACGAGCUUCUCUCGAUUCCCCACGGUCACUACAAGGGCCUCGUCACGGCGCAGAUGCGACACGCGAGCGACGACGAGGACAAUGCAAUUGACGACGCGUCAUUGGCGGCGGUCGUGACCGAGGCCACUGAGCGCCACAAAGAGAUGGGUGACGGCGCCUCGUCGACUGGCGAUGACGACGCGACGUCGGUCGACAGUGCCGGGCUCAAGCGGCCAUUGGUGCCUAUCUCGCGCGUGUGGCGUCUGAGCCGCCCCGAAGUACGGCAGUUGGUCGUUGGCAGUCUUGGCGCGCUCAUCCACGGCGCCGUAUACCCUGUCUGGGGCGUGCUUCUGACGAAAUGCGUCGUGCUCUUCUACCGCCAAGACCUCUCGUCGUCCGAGAUGCGCCAUGAAGCCAUGUGGUGGGGCCUCAGCUUUGUCGUCAUGGGCCUUGUGUACGUGCUUGCCAUCAUUGCGCAGUACCACCAGUUUGCCACCGCGUCCGAGCGGCUCACAGGUCGCAUCCGCUACAUGAGCUUCCAGGCGAUGCUGCGCCAGGACAUGGCGUGGUUUGACGACCCGCGGCACACGCCCGGCGCGCUCACGACCCGCCUUGCGACCGACUCGGCGGCCAUUCGGUCCAUGACGUCCGAGUCCCUCAACGCCGUUCUCGUCAACGCCUCGUCGCUCGGUGUCGGCUUUGGCGUCGCGUUCUACUACUCGUGGAAGAUGACGUUGGUGCUCGCCGCCAUCUUUCCGAUCCUCGGGUUUGCCAGCGUCAUGGAGAUGCAGACGCUCGGCGGCGGCGACAAGGACCUCAACGACGGCGACCUCCACGCCGGCGCGCUUCUCUCGGAAGCCAUCAAUGCGAUCCGCACCGUGGCCUCGUUUGGCCUCGAGAAAGCCACGAACGCAGCGUACCUGACCUACCUCCAGCAGUCGGCGUCGACCGACGUCAAAGUCGGUUUAAAGAGCGCGUGCGCGUACGGCCUCAGUCAGUCCACCAUGGUGCUGGCGAUCGCCACCACCUUCUACUUUGGCGGCUGGCUCCUCCUCCGCGGCGACGUGACGUUCGAAGCCAUGAUGACGGUCCUCAACGCGAUCCUCUUUUGCUCGUUUGGCGUCGGCAUCGCCGUCCAAGGGCUCGGCGACGUCGGCAAGGCCAAGAAGGCGGUCCAGAGCAUCUUUGGCAUCAUCGACCACGUCCCGAGCAUCGAUGCGAUGGCCGCAUCGGGCGCGACCCUAACGCACGUGCACGGCGACGUCGACUUUUCGCACGUGGCGUUUGCCUACCCGAGCCGGCCAGACGCCAAGAUCUACCGCAACUACAACCUCUCGAUUGCGAGCGGCCAGACGCUGGCGCUGGUCGGCGGCAGCGGCAGCGGGAAAAGCACCGCGAUUGCGCUCUUGCAGCGGUUUUACGACCCGAGCGCCGGCGUCGUGACGAUCGACGGCGUCGACAUUGCAUGCCUCAACGUCGCGUCGCUGCGCAGCCACAUUGCGAUCGUGUCGCAGGAGCCCGUGCUGUUUGCGGGCACGAUCGCUGAGAACAUCGCGAUGGGCAAGCCGAAUGCGAGUCGCGACGACAUUGAAGAGGCGGCGAGAAAGGCCAACGCCCACGACUUUAUCGCGCGGUUUCCAGACGGGUACGACACGUCGGUCGGGGACCGCGGCGUGCAAAUCUCGGGCGGCCAAAAGCAGCGCGUCGCGAUCGCGCGCGCCAUCAUUCGCGACCCCGCGAUUCUGCUGCUCGACGAGGCGACCAGUGCGCUCGACACGGAGAGCGAAGCCAUCGUCCAAGCGUCGCUCGAUAAGCUCCUGACGCUCAAGAAGCGGACGACCAUUAUUGUGGCCCACCGCUUGUCGACGAUCCGCAACGCCGAUGUCAUUGCCGUCGUCCACGACGGUCGCGUCGCCGAGCUCGGGACGCACGACCAGCUCAUGAACAUUCCCGACGGCUUGUACCAAAACCUCGUCGCUCGCCAAAUGAGCAAGACGACGACGUAAGGAUGU